AUGCCCGAAAGCAGAAAAAUAUUGUGUGCUAUGGCGUUGUGUAUUUUAUCACUUUUUCUUGUAUUUUUAAGUCUUUGUGAAGCGGAGCUAGGUUUAGACAGGCAAAGAUUUUUCAAAAAGACGAAAGAGCAUUGCGCCUCAUUAGCAGCUGAAGAUCUUUUAUCAAGUCAUCAUGUCCAUGAAGAAGCGGAAUGCUCCUUGAAGUGCCUUGAAGAAGAAACAUGUGUAGCUUACAACUACAAACCUAAAACAGCAGCAGACGAAAUCAACUGUCAAAUUACUAAUACUACUUCACAAAAAAAUUUGGAAGCUUUUGGAAAGGGAGAGUGGACGUUUUUCCAAGAUUUGGAAACAUUGCCCAAAUUCUUCGACCCAUCUACUACCGAGUGGACCCUGAUUGCUCGGUUUUCAAAUGCUGAUACUAAAUACUGGAUAAAAGACAGUCUCUUUUGGUAUGACAAAAUCACUCCAGAGGGGGAUGUAACAAGUCCGUAUGAAAAUACGGAUAUGAUUUCUAGUGCUUUUUGGGAGAUGGAAGGAUGUGAAAUCAAGAUUAGCAGGAGUGACGAUUUCAGUCAUACGGCGUUAUUAAAGACCACUUCCGACUGUCUUCAAGGUGAUACAUUCAGAUCUGAAAUCACAGGUUAUGGUGACUUUCGAAAUUCACCGUGGGGGAGUUCGCGUUGUCUGAAAAGUUGUCCAGUGGCCUAUGGCGGUCAGUACAAAAGUACGGCAGGUUUUCAGCAUUAUAACUGCAGUAGUGAUAUACAAAGCAGCAAUUUCAUCGGGUUUUGGUGUCAUUGGGGAAGCAGUGGUGCAGUAAUGAUGAUUGGUGGGGGAGGAACAGGCUGUUCUAAAGCAGAUCAUGGUAUUGGAAUAACAGAGCGAAAGAAUGCAGGUUUUGGUGGUGUAAGAGCUAAGUAUGACUUUGGUUCAAACGCUAAAGAAGGCGAGGAGACAACUUCAAUUUAUUCCCUCAACUUGUGGAUAUUGGGUAGAACAGCCCAAUGUUCUGAUCCUAAGGCACUAGGAAUGGAAAGUGGUGCAAUAGCUAACGAUGCUAUCACAGCCUCCACCAUUUAUGGUAGCAAUUACCAAGCGUAUUUUGCAAGAUUGAAUCACAAUGGCGGUUCGUGUUCAUGGACGACUACAACCGCUGCAAAAACGAACUCGUGGCAUCAGACCGAUCUUGGUCAAAAGACAAUUGUAACCGGAAUAACAACCCAAGGAACUUGUUAUAACCGUGAAGAAUGGACGAUGUCUUACUCGGUGUCGUACAGCAUUGAUGGAAUUACUUGGAUCUAUUACAAAGAAUUAGGAAUUGAGAAGGUUUUUCCAGCAAACAUUGACAAAAGCUCAGCCGUCACGAACACAUUUCUCUGCCCUAUUCAAGUUCGGUACAUACGUGUGUUGCCAAAGACAUGGAAAGGUUGGCCUACGAUGAGGCUCGAGUAUUAUGGUUGUCGUCUGUAGAA